GCAGGGGAAGCACUAUUUCCUGCAGGCCUGUUCAAGUGUCUCUGAGAAGGAACACGAGUAACUCCUCACCCUGUAUUUGCCUUCUCUUCCUCAUUCUAUUCCACAAUCUGGAAGUAGAAACUCUCAGAUCUAUAAGCGGGCUACUGUCUCACAGCCAUUGCACCCUGUCCUGGGCACUUCCUCUUAUAUCCUGUGAUGUGGGACCUCUCUCCUCCCACAGAGCAGAGUCCGGGCUCUCCAGCACACAUUAGGACAGAGCAGGCUCCUCAGGCCUCCAGGAUGCUGGUCCCUGCCUCCUGGCUCCGCCCUCCUCCUUGCCUGCUGCUGACUCUGCUGCUGGGCCUCACAGGAGGGGCAGGUGAGGAGCUGCAGGUGAUUCAGCGAGACAAGACAGUGGCAGUGGCAGCUGGAGAGACAGCCACUCUGAACUGCACCGUGACCUCCAUUUUCCCAGUGGGGCCCUUCAUGUGGUUCAGGGGGACAGGGCCAGGCCGGGAGUUAGUCUACAGUCAAAAAGAAAGCCACUCUCCCCGAGUAACAAGUGCUGCAGACACCACAAGGAUAAACAACACAGACUUUUCCAUCCGCAUCAUUGACAUCACCCCAGCAGACACGGGUACCUACUACUGUGUGAAGUUCCGCAGAGGAACCCCUGACACGGAGUUCAAGUCUGGAGCAGGCACUCGGCUCACUGUGAGUGCCCAACCCUCUCCCCCCGUGGUGUCAGCCCCCACGGAGAGGGCCACACCUGGGCAGACAGUGAGCUUCACCUGCGAGUCCCACGGCUUCUCCCCAAGGAGCAUCAUCCUGAGAUGGUUCAAAGAUGGGAACGAGCUCCCAGCCUCCCAGACCACCGUGGACCCAGAGGGAGACAGCCCUCCCUACAACAUCUCCAGCACAGCCUCGGUGCGGCUGGCCCGGGGGGAUGUCCGCUCCCAGGUCAUCUGCCAGGUGGAACACGUCACCCUGAAGGGGGGCCCUCCUCUUCGUGGGACUGCCAACCUGUCUGAGAUCAUCCGAGUUUCGCCCACGUUGGACAUUUCACAACACACCGUGUCAGAGAAACAGGGGACCAUCAUCAUCUGCCAGGUGAAGAACUUCUACCCCCAGCACCUACAGCUGACCUGGUUGGAGAACGGAAACAUGUCCCAAACAGAAACGCCCUCAACCCUCACAGAGAACAAGGAUGGGACUUUCACCUGGGGGAGCUGGAUCCUGGUGAACUCCUCUGCCCACGGGGAGGCCGUGGAGCUCACCUGUCUGGUGCAGCACGACGGGCAGCCGGCCGUCAGCAGGAACCUCACCCUGGAGGCCCCUGCUAACCAGAAGGACAAAGGCCCUGAAGCAUCUACUGACGUCCUCGUAGGGCUCCUUCUAGGCUUCAAGGUACUGCUGGUGGUUGGUGUCUCUGCCCUCUAUGUCCACAGGACGUGGAAAGCCUGACUGCGUGUCAGGAACAAGACAGCCUGGAACACAGGAGACAUGCAGGGAACACUUCUUCAAUGAUGAGCAGAUAAUUAAAUGAGACCCUGUUUCCUGCAGCCCCUUCCUUCCUCCCCUGCUGCUCAACACCCUCCAUCUCCGCAGUCUCCCUCCUCAUAGGACACACUCAGCCUAAGGAAAAGAAGAUUGACUGGAAGUGUUACCGACUCUUGUUCAAAUGCCUCUCCCCUGAGCAGACUUGCUGCCCAUGGGCCCCUAGUGCCCCUUCUCACCAUCCGUGAUGCCCCCAGACCUGGGCCUUCAUCCAUGGUCCUCUCAGAAUCACACACAGAACCCCAGAUGGUCACCUGGGCCGUUAUCUCUCACUGAUGACUUAAAUGUGGUUGGAGGAAAAAUGGGCUGCUGAGAAUUGAGGACAUGGAAGGGACAGUGACACUGAUGCCAUCAGACCUUUAUCCAACACCAUCAACCAGGAGCCUCAGGAAGAGAAAGCAAUGCUGUGACCAAGUUGUACAGCGUGAUACUGUGAGGUAGCCGCCUUCAGAUUGGCUGUGGUUCAAUAAUGGAUAUGCCUUUAAAAAAUUUUUGUUUGCUUCUAAAGGACAGUAUGAAUCGGAGGUACAGUAAUUUCAUGUAAGCUGAGAACCCUGAACUGUUUCAACUGGGAGCUGGGCCUGUGUUCAGGUUGUUCGCAUCUGGAGGGGUUUUCAUCUGGUUGAGUGGAAGAGGCUGAGGGGCAGGAUCUUGAUUCAAACACCACAGAAUUUCACUUUUCUUGCCUAGUUUUAAUAGAUUUUCUUGAAUACAUGCUAUCCCCUUAAUAUAUCCCUUUAGAAUUAUCUCUAGAUAUUUUAAGUGAGUUUUCAACAUAGACAAUCAAUUAAUAUGUGUUAAUGACAGACAAAAUGAAUUUUAUUCUUUGUAUUUUUUAGGUAUUAGCUUUCUACUGUAAGAUGGCAUUUACAGUAACUGGAAGGGCAUUUAAAAUUAAUUUUUUCUUUGAAAACUGAUAUGUACAAUUAUUUUUCAAAAAUGUGUUGGCCUAGAGUGUCUGAGUGUAGGAAUCUCUGGACCCGAUAAGUCUUUAGGAACCACACUUUCCUGUGAUCCAUCGGACACUGAGUGAGGGUGUGUUCAAAGUCUUGAGAAAUCAAGCAGAGAUGUUCCCCUCUGAGGUCUGGUAGGCAAAGAUGCCUGGGUUCAGAUACCUGGGUUCAGUUAUGUGACCUUGAACUUGGGCAACUCACUGACCCUCUCUGAGCCAAUUCCAUGCCCCCCUGAAAAAUGGGAAUCCUGCUGCCUCAAAGAACUGUGGGGGCUUUAAAGGAGAGAGCAAUGUGUGAAGCACACAGGGCCUGGAACAAGGUGUGUGUGAUAAGAUCCUUCUCUUCCUUUGUUCAGUGAGGAACACCAUCUGCGGGUCUCCAACCCUGUGAAGGAGUGACAUUGAAUAUCUUGCAGCAGCCUGGCUGCCUGAAGGUGUUCUCAGACUUUUCUGGGAAAAAUUACCCUACUUGUAGCCUGGCAUCUGGAACUGAGAAUCUCUUUAAAGACAGCAAGAGUGACAUUUGCUUCAAAGUUGGGGGCACAAUUGCCAGGAUGAGGGGAAACUGGAGCAAAUCACAAUAUAAUUGCAACUAGACACGAAUGCCGAAACCAGACCCUAAUAGUUUGGGGUUUUUCUUUCCUUUUUAUAACAGCGGGACUCCUCACAGAGCAGAGUCUCAGGGACACAAGACCAAACCACAUCAGACUGGUCCCAGAGGCAAAGGGCAUGUUCAGAGAGCCGACGAAUGAACUUCAACUAACCCUGAAGGGUGGCCUGAAGCUAUAUUUGUGCCAAGACAGAAACUCUGAGCAUAGACCUGGUCCUCAUAGACAGUAGUCAGAAGGGAUGGAGGCCCAGGAAUCGGCACUUGUGGGGCACCCAGAUCUCACCCAAUGAGACCCUGCCCAUGAGGGUUUCCUUUAGACCUUCACUCACCUUUCCCAUUCCUUCCCUUUUAUGACUUUCUUCCAAAAUUGUCCAACCAAGACUCAUAAAUUAGAUUUUAAUAAAUA